CGAGAAUUUUUUGAGCGCCUCUAUGUAAUGUACACCAUUGGCUAUUCUGUCUCCUUUGGUUCCCUGGCUGUGGCCAUCCUCUUCAUUGGCUACUUCAGACGAUUGCAUUGCACUAGGAACUAUAUCCAUAUGCACUUGUUUGUGUCUUUUAUGCUGAGAGCUGUGAGCAUCUUUGUCAAAGACAGAGUGGUUCAUGCUCACUCAGGGGUGGAGGAACUGCAGUCGGUAAUAAUGCAGGAUGACCUACAAAAUUCCGUUGACGUGCCUACUGUGGACAGAUCACAAUAUAUCGUGUGCAAGACUGCUGUUGUGAUGUUUAUUUACUUCUUGGCUACAAACUACUAUUGGAUCCUUGUGGAAGGUCUCUACCUGCAUAGUCUAAUCUUCGUGGCUUUCUUUUCAGACACCAAAUACCUGUGGGGCUUCAUCUUGAUGGGCUGGGGUUUUCCAGCAGCGUUUGUUGCAGCAUGGGCUGUGGCAAGAGCAACCCUGGCUGAUGCAAGGUGCUGGGAACUUAAUGCUGGAGACAUCAAGUGGAUUUACCAAGCACCAAUCUUAGCAGCUAUUGUGCUGAAUUUUAUUCUGUUUCUGAAUACAGUUAGAGUUCUUGCUACCAAAAUUUGGGAGACCAAUGCAAUUGGGCAUGACACGAGAAAGCAAUACAGAAAACUGGCCAAAUCGACGCUGGUCCUGGUCCUGGUCUUUGGGGUGCAUUACAUCGUGUUUGUGUGCCUGCCUCACUCCUACACUGGGCUCGGCUGGGAGAUCCGCAUGCACUGUGAGCUCUUCUUCAACUCCUUCCAGGGUUUCUUUGUGUCUAUCAUCUAUUGCUACUGCAAUGGAGAGGUUCAGGCUGAGGUGAAGAAGGUGUGGAGUCACUGGAAUCUCUCCGUAGACUGGAAAAGGACGCAGAAACGCGGCAGUCACCGGUUAGGCUCAGUGCUCACCACCGCAAUGCACAGUACCAGCAGCCAGUCGCAGGGGGCGGCCAGCACACGCUUGGUGGUCCUCCCUGGCACAGUUGCCAAGACGACCAGCAGCCGGCCUGACAGCCACGUGACUUUACCUGGCUAUGUCUGGAGCAACUCAGAGCAGGACUGCUUGCCACACUCAAUUUGUGAGGAGGCCCAGGAAGGUAGCAGGAGCCAGGGAGGUGAUAUCCCAAUGGGGGAGCCUUCCUGGCCUGUGGAAUACAAUCCAGACACUGAAGGAUGCAGAGAAACGGAGGAUGUUCUCUGA